GAAAUACUACAUUUUACGGAAUUAUUAUAAUUGCAUUCUUGCUCUUGUUCCACAUGAAUAUGCAGCCCAUGCGUUUUACACGUAUUACGUAUACAUCGUUGCCUGUAUUGGAACGGGGGCGGACAGCGAGGGUCGAUGGGGGUGGUUGCUGGGAUUUUCAGUACGCGCGCGAUCUCCGUGCCGAAAACAUGGUUCUUCCUGAAUAUUUGUAUCUUGAAAUCCGCGUGUGCGAUUUAUGACUAGUUGCUAAUAAAAUAAUAUAAAAAAUGAUAUCCGAUGAUACGCAUUGUACUUAACGUAUUGAAAGUGUGUAAAUUUUGUGAAUUGAAAAAAGGAUAACUUCAGUAAUCAUGUGUCUUUAAUUCGAAUGCAAGUUGGAACAAGCAUUAUAAAAAAUCAUCAUGUAUCAAAGUAUACGCACCGCAAAACAGAAAUUAUCAUCUAUGGAUCGAAGGUAAACGUCAUGGCAAAUCAAACAGCUGAUUACCAUGGGGACAUUUGGAACCAAUGGAAUCGCACAGUAUUGGCGGACGAAGAGGAUGCGGAAACGGAAUAUCUACCCAAUUGGACCGAUCUUGUUCUGGCAGGAUUAUUUACAAUGCUGAUUAUUGUUACCAUAGUCGGCAAUACUCUAGUGAUCGCGGCUGUAAUUACUACUAGGCGAUUACGGUCCGUAACUAAUUGUUUUGUAUCCAGCCUCGCAGCAGCAGAUUUAUUAGUCGGUCUAGCUGUGAUGCCACCAGCAGUUCUGUUACAGCUUACAGGAGGUACUUGGGAAUUGGGCGAGAUACUAUGUGACUCAUGGGUGUCCCUUGAUAUUCUACUCUGCACAGCUAGUAUUCUCUCGUUAUGCGCCAUAUCUAUAGACAGGUAUUUGGCCGUAACUCAGCCAUUGAUAUAUAGCCGUAGACGCAGGAGUAAAAGACUGGCCGGAGUAAUGAUCGUGGCGGUAUGGAUAAUGGCCGGUGCCAUAACAAGCCCACCUUUAUUAGGUUGUUUUCCACGUGCAACGAAUCGUGAUGUCAAAAAGUGCUCCUACAAUAUGGACUCCUCGUACGUGAUAUUUUCAGCGAUGGGCAGUUUCUUCUUGCCCAUGCUGGUAAUGCUAUAUGUAUACGGCAGAAUUUCGUGCGUCAUAGCGAGCAGACAUAGAAAUUUGGAGACCAGCAACGAGGUGGAAAAUGUUCGUUCACGUCGUAAAAUCACGCUUGAUCGUGGGAAGAGUAUUAAAGUGCAACGUACGGAUUGUGCCGAGAGAAACGAGACUUGUAGCAAGCCAUCCGAAGAAACCGAACCAACGAGCAUGUGUAAAAAGUUGGGCACAAUUCGAGGAAAUCAACAGAGCUGCAUUAACAAAGUCGCUAGGGAAACGAAAACUGCGGGUACCCUGGCCGUAGUCGUGGGUGGUUUUGUUGCAUGCUGGCUGCCAUUUUUUAUUCUAUAUCUGGCAACACCUUUUAUACCUGUGCAGCCGCCGGAUAUUCUUAUGCAAGCUUUGACGUGGCUAGGGUGGAUCAAUUCGGCUAUCAACCCGUUCAUUUACGCUUUCUAUUCAGCAGACUUCAGGCUCGCUUUCUGGCGACUAACAUGUCGGAAAUGUUCAAAGAGUAGACUAAACUUGGAUGGUAUGAAUCGGAAAUUACCCGCUCCAGUUAACUGGAAGAAAGAUACGUCGAGAACGUGAAGAUCUCCGCACAAGAGUUUCAAACUUGUUCAAUUAUGUGGCAUCUCCGGUAUUAGAAUGACUAUGGUUGAGUUGCGUUUAUUCAUAAUCGCGAUACACUAAUGAAGAAUGACGUGUAUCAAGAUUAAACGUGUAUAAUUUCAAGUAUGUAUGUGCUUAUAAUCAAUAGCUAUUAUGUGAUUUUAUAAAGUAUAAAUGUUUCACUACGCACAAUACAUUAGAAUACAUAUUGAAAUAGUUAUUCU